UCGAGGGAGGCUCGGCGCUCGCGCUCGCGGGCGGACUGGCGCGUGAGGUAGCGGCGGCACUGCUGGUGCUGCGCGUGAGGGGAGGAGGGUUUCCCUCCCCGCAACACCCCAAAACAACAACAACGUCGUGUGUGAGGGAAACCGAAGGAAGGAGACGGCGCCCCCCUCUCCCUCACUUUCCCCCGUUUGGCUUCUCUGACUCAGUCACUGGGCACUUUUGAGCACCCCCCUCCCCUCGCCUCCCCUCCAAGGACUUCAGCUGCUUUGUUGGUUUCGAAAGGGGGCCCUCUUGGUGUUUGUAUUUGGACCAUGGGCUGCACGCUGAGCGCCGAGGACAAGGCGGCGGUGGAGCGGAGCAAAAUGAUCGACAGGAACCUGCGGGAGGACGGCGAGAAGGCGGCGCGGGAAGUCAAGCUGCUCCUCCUGGGAGCUGGUGAAUCAGGAAAGAGCACAAUUGUCAAACAAAUGAAAAUUAUCCAUGAAGCUGGCUAUUCAGAAGAAGAAUGCAAACAAUACAAAGCUGUUGUUUACAGUAACACAAUUCAGUCCAUUAUUGCUAUAAUUAGAGCAAUGGGAAGGUUGAAGAUAGAUUUUGCGGAUUCUGCCAGGGCAGAUGAUGCCCGUCAACUUUUUGUUCUAGCUGGAGCAGCAGAGGAAGGCUUCAUGACAGCAGAACUGGCUGGAGUUAUCAAAAGGUUAUGGAAAGACAGUGGUGUUCAAGCAUGUUUUAACAGAUCAAGAGAGUAUCAGCUUAAUGACUCAGCAGCAUAUUACUUGAAUGACUUGGACAGGAUAGCCCACACUAACUAUAUACCAACACAGCAGGAUGUUCUCCGGACCCGAGUGAAAACUACAGGAAUAGUGGAAACCCAUUUUACUUUCAAAGAUCUCCACUUUAAAAUGUUUGAUGUUGGGGGCCAAAGAUCGGAAAGGAAAAAAUGGAUUCACUGCUUUGAAGGAGUCACAGCCAUAAUUUUUUGUGUGGCACUUAGUGAUUAUGAUUUGGUCCUUGCUGAAGAUGAAGAAAUGAAUAGAAUGCAUGAAAGCAUGAAAUUAUUUGACAGCAUUUGCAACAACAAAUGGUUCACAGACACCUCUAUUAUCCUCUUUUUAAAUAAGAAGGAUCUCUUUGAAGAAAAAAUCAAAAGGAGUCCUCUCACUAUUUGUUAUCCAGAAUAUCCAGGAUCAAAUACAUAUGAAGAGGCAGCUGCAUAUAUCCAGUGUCAGUUUGAGGACCUGAACAAAAGAAAAGAUACAAAGGAAAUUUAUACUCACUUCACAUGUGCUACAGAUACUAAGAAUGUACAGUUUGUCUUUGAUGCUGUAACUGAUGUUAUCAUAAAGAAUAAUCUGAAAGACUGUGGCUUGUUCUAAAAGUUUACAUCACGUUGUUCCUUCCCCCUCCCAAUUUUUAGGUUCACUAAAUGAGCGACAGUUUUUUUUAAAGAUGAUGUGUAUUUUUUGAGCUUGUUUGUUCUUAUUUAUGUCAUCUGAUCUUCUUUUGGGUUAAUUUGUGCAAUCAGUUCACAGCAUUCAGAUCUGUUGAUUUAUAUAGUAACAGGUGCAAACUGCCAGAACACUAUAGCAUUUGCUGCUUUAAACAAUUUUAUUUAUGUUUGUGUAGAUUUAAAUAAUGUUGAUCAGGAAUCAAAACAUGUUGAUUAUGUGUCUGCUUUUAAUUCUAUGGAUUUUGUUUAUGCAAACUUUGAACAUAAUAAGUUAAUAACAUGUUUUUAAGUGUGCAAGUAUCUCAAAGUAUCUGUGUUUUAAAAACAGAUUUUUCUGUAUGACAGAAAAUAGUAGGGAUUUUUGAUUUCUCAUUCUUGAAGCAACACCUUUAAAAAUAAUUUUCUAUAUAAUGCAGGUUGCUUUACUUUUUCCUUAGUUUUUAUGUAUAGACCUGUAAGUAGUUUGACAAGAUUUGAAUAGUAUAAAUGAUUCUUUACUUUUGCUCAGGAUUAAAUGGGAAAUGCUCCAUUGGUUUUUCCAAAGAUGGGUUUUUGUUUUGUUUUGCUUAUUUCUUUCCAAUUUCAAAAUUAUGUGAAACAAUUCAUUAUUCUAUUUUGUGUUUUUUAAUCCCAGACAUUUAACAAAUAGAAGCCGGUAUGAUAUAGCAUAUGGAAGCAAGAUAUUCAAGUAUAUGUCAGACUGAUCUAUACAUGAAUAGCACAGAACAUAAAAUUGAGAAUCCAAUGUAGGGGUUUUGAAGUUGUUUCAUAUUUGCUUUGAGUAUGUUCUUAAGUGAGCAAGUAUCUCAGACUUGUAAUUCCUUUUUUGGAAUUAAAACAAAUAACAGAAUGAGAACUGAGAGUUUCAGACAUAGUGUAGUUUUAUCUUGUCAACUUUCUUUUCCUCUUCCCAGAGAUUUAACCAUUAACUUUUACUGGUGUUCUGUUAAACUAAUCCUACCAUUUAAACAUGAAUUAUUUUAGAUAGAUCAAUAGAUAUCAUAUCCUUUGUCAUCAAAAUAUUUUUGAAAUACAGGGAGUUUGGUAGCAUUCCCACUUUUGGAAUGAUGGUAACUUGGUUUAUUUAUUU